GUCACAACCUAAUAUUGUGACAAUUUGUUUCAUUCCCGCUGGAUGCCCGCACUUUACACACACAUAAAAGGGCAUUUAUGGACAUUGCAGGAUUCCCUGGCGUUGUGGGUGUAAUUGAUGGAACACGUGAGAAUAAUUGCGCCAUCAGAGGACGAGGCUGUCUUUGUUAACAGGAGGAAUUUCCACAGCAUCAAUGUGCAAAUAGUGUUCGAUGCGGCCUGUAAGAUUUUGGACAUUGUGGCGAAAUGGCCAGGCUCCACACAUGAUGCGAGAAUGCUCUCCGAGAGUGGCAUCAGACAGCUUUUUGAGAGACGCUAUGUGCCAGCUAAUUGCCACUUGUUAGGGGACAGUGGCUACCCAUGCAAACCAUGGCUCCUUACACCUUACCUCCAGCCACGCCAAGGGCCCCAACUAAACUAUAACAGGGCCCACAAGACAACAAGAGCGGUGGUGGAGCGUGGCAUAGGCCAGCUUAAGAGGUGCUUUCAUGUUCUCCACGGAGAGGUGCGGCUGAGGCCUGAAAAAGUCAGCAAAGUCAUCAUAGCCUGUGCAAUAUUACACAAUAUUUGCAAGGUUAGACAGAUUGCAGAACCUCUGGAGGAUGGCGAUGAGGAUGAGGAUGAAGACAACGAUGAGGAUGGUGGUGAAGAAGAUAUUUACAUUCCACAGGGGAAACUAGCCCAGAGUGGACUGCCUUACAGGGCAAACUUCACAAAUUUACAUUUCAGGGAUGUUGACGGAGCAGGUGCUGCGGAUGGGAAUGGUGUUUGAUCCGCCGGGCUAUCCUGAGUAGCAGCUGCAGAUGGUUCAGGCGGCAAUCUCAUCGGCAAACUUGAUGGGCCCGGUUCUUGUGAUGGCUCC